UCCUCUUUUAGAGUCUGGGAUUUGGAAGGAAAUGAGAAGGCCCAUUUUGUUUUACGUUCUCCUGGAAUGAGUGUGUGCUGGCAUCCUGAUGAGGCUUUUAAGCUGAUGGUAGCGGAGAAAAAUGGGACAAUACGAUUCUAUGAUCUCAUUACACAGCAGGCCAUUCUCUCGCUAGAGUGUGAACAAACGCCACUGAUGUCAGCGGACUGGUGUUUAAAGAACACUCUUAAAAUUGGAGCAGUUGCGGGAAAUGAUUGGCUCAUAUGGGAUAUCACUCGCUCCAGUUAUCCGCAGGAUAAGAGUCCUGUCCAUGUUGAUCGAGCCAGAUUAUUCAGGUGGUCCCGAGUGAAUGAAAACCUGUUUGCAACCACUGGAUAUCCAGGAAAGACAACUACUCAACUGCUUGUUCAUCAUCUAGGACAUCCCCAGCCCAUUCUUACUGGUACGGCAGCUGUAGGAUCUGGACUGACAUGGCACAGAACUCUUCCAUUAUGUGCAGUUGGAGGAGACCAUAAAAUUUUCUUUUGGGUAACUGAAAUGUAAAAUAACCAUUUGCUUCCAAUAUUAAAGUUUACAGCAUGAUAUCCUUUUUGUAGAAAAUCAAAGGAAAUUACUCUUUGUACUGGUAUUUAUUCACAUGGAGAAUACAAGAACAGGACAAGUAAAACAGGAAACGUUUUGUGGUUGAUUUUCAGCUCGCAAAUGCAACAACUUUUGUACAUAAAAAUCAGAUAUCAUUCAUUUGACACUUUGUUACUUCCCUUAAAAUAUACACUUUUUUAACAUGG